AUGUCGUUGAACUUAUCAUUAUACACCAUCUCGGCAGCGUUGGUUUUGGGCAACGAAGGCAAAAGAUUAUAUGCCAAGUAUUACCGUACUCAGGAUGACAGCCAGGUAUACAAAACCACUCAGCAGCAGGAGGCAUUUGAAAAGGCCAUCUACUCCAAGAUAAAUAAGUUAAACCAAGAUGUGAUCUUAUACGACAACCACUUGAUCACUUACAAGCAGACUAACGAUGUGACUUUGGUGAUUGUGGGAGCCAUCAACGAGAACGAGUCCAUGCUCUAUUCUUUGACCAGCAACAUCAACGAGGCUCUCACCAUUUUGUUAGACAAUUCCUUGGACAAAUCGACGGUGUUGGAAAAGUACGAUAUGGUCUGUUUGUGUUUUGAUGAAGCCAUUGACGACGGAGUGGUUUUGGAGAUCGACACUGCUAUCAUCGUGAGUAGAGUUACCAACCCACCAUCGAGUUCAUCUCUUCCUAACGACUUGCACAUUGAUAUUUCCGAGAAAGGUUUGUUCAAUGCCUUGUCGUUUGCAUCGAAGAAGAUCAGUGAAAGAUUGCAGCAGGGUUUAUAG